AUGUGCUCCCGCAGGUCCUGCCACAGCCACGAAACCUCCUGCCACCGGUCCCACUCCUCCUGCCACGAUUCAGGACCCUCCUGCCAUUACACCAUCCAGAGGCAGCCUAAGUACAGCUGUGUGACCCCCUGCUACCCUUCUGUGCAGUCCUAUUGCCCUCCACGUUAUUGCCCCCCGGUGCAGCGCUAUUGCCCCCCGGUGCAGCCCUGCUGCCCCCCUGCUCCCUACUGCCCCCAGUACUCCAAGAACAUCUGCAAGCUGCCACCAAAAUGCCCCAAGUACUAA